AUGCUACCUAGAAGUUCGCGGUCUAAUAUGAGUCGGCACCCCUUGCUAGGUAGACUACUGAAUGCAAAAGUUAUCAAAGUCGUGCUAGCAAUAGUGGUGAUAUUCAACCUAUUUUUUAUAACUUCGCUAAUAUUUGACACCAAUAAAUCACGAAAGAAGAAAUCAUAUAUGUCAAUAUUGAAACUACCGAAACUUUCAUCAAAUAAGAAGAAUUCAAAAGUUAUAACAUUGAAACCGGCUCCUAAUCAUAAACUACAAUAUCAUCAAGGAUUAGGUGGUGCAUCGCUUGAUGAUAUUCCCAAAAUAAUAGAGGUGAGUAACGCUGAUAUAAGCUAUGCUAGUGGGCCACAAUUGGGGUCAAAGCAAUUGUACCCAGUCUCCGACAAACCAUACGAAGAAUUGGACGAUGACGAAAAGAUCUUGCACAAGUUGAACCAAGUUAAUAAAGACCAGGAAAAGUACUGGUUGGGUCAUACGGAACUAACUGAUUAUGAAAUAAAAGUCAACGUCAAGGAUUUUCUAGCCGAAAAUUGGAUCAAUAAACCGGUUUUAUUCUACGAUCCAAGAUUCACCUUGUCGAUAUAUUUAUCGGAAAUACGGAACCAAUACUUGACCAAAAACCCAGAAAAUUCACCGUAUUACAAAAAUGAGAUUGUUGUACCUUUUUCUUGGUCAGACUGGGUUGAUUUGACCAUGUUGAACCAAGAAUUGAUCAAGCCAGAAAAUAAGAGGAAAACAUGUGAAUAUAUGAAAGCCACUCAUCAUAUACCGACGAAAGUCAAAGAUUAUUGUAUAAACAAUGUUGACAUUGGUGCAAAGGAGCUAGAUGAGAUGAAACUUCCACUGAUUGAUUAUGUCCCUGGGUUUGCAGUUAAGAAAUCCCCAACAAAUAAAGCAUCAAAUGAGGUGAGGAUGUUGGAGGGUAAAUCACAUCUUCUAACGUAUGCGGCAAACCCUUUAGCUGUUAUAUUUUUGACUAAACAUGGUGUUUAUGAAGCUAAGAUAGAUCAAAAACAGCGUAUUGUUGAUGGUAAUUUGUUUGAAAAUUACAUAAAUCGUAACGGCAUACUGCGAGAUCAAGAUGAAUCAAUAACUUUGAACCCAGUAAAGGAAUUUCAUCUUUUGCUGGAUCAGGUAAAGCCAACAAUAUUAGAUCCCGGGGAAGAUGAAUAUGGAUUGUUUGCUAAAUCUAAAGAACUUUCCCCGUCUAGUUCACGUGAGAUCUAUCUACCCCAACUGGCAUUUGAUUAUCAACAAGAUAAAAUUGAUGCACAAAUCAAACAUUAUGAGAAGAGAUUAAAGAUAUUACAUGAUUUAACUACAAAUGAACUUACAUUCAACCAACAAGUAAUCAAUGAAGUGCGUUUAGAAAGAAAUGAGAAGAUGUAUUAUGAUGGAUUAAAAUUUGCCAAUAAAUACUCAUUGAAAAAGGAACCAACUCAUUUUCGUAUGGCAAGAUUGAAUUUUGGUAAUGAGGAAAAUGAUCAUGAUGCAGGGUGGCAUUAUGAAUGGAGAUUUUUCAAUGGAGCAUUAAGAUAUUUGAAAAAGGGGUGGACAGAAGAGGAGUUAUUGAUUAGGGAAAAAGUCUUGUUGGAUAGAAUUUUAAGAAACUGGUUUAAAUUUGCAAGUGAAAAGGGACUUGUGUCUUGGAUUGCUCAUGGUCCUCUUUUGUCUUGGUAUUGGGAUGGAUUACUAUUCCCUUUUGAUGAAGAUAUUGAUAUUCAAAUGCCAGCAAAAGAAUUGGCCAAGUUUUGCAAAUUGUAUAAUCAAACAUUAGUGGUUGAAGAUAUAAAUGAAGGAUUUGGCAAGUAUUUUAUUGAGUGCUCAUCAUUUAUACAUCAUCGUGGCAAAUCAUACAAGGAAAACCAUAUUGAUGCAAGAUUUAUCGAUAUUGAUACUGGUUCAUAUAUUGAUAUAACCGGAUUGGGAGUUAGUAAUGAACCAGUACCUGAAAGAUACUUUGACCUAGUUGAGCAAAAUGAAAUUGAAGGUUCAACAAGACAAGUAUACAAUUGUCGAUUCCCCCACUUCUAUUCCCAUGAUGAAAUAUCACCUUUGAGAUAUACUAUGCUUGGUGGCGUACCAGUAUAUGUCCCCAAUCAAAUUGAAACUAUACUUCAACAAGAAUACAAAAAAGGGUUAAUUGGGUAUGACUAUGAUGGGUUUUUCUUUGUUGAUGCAUUAAAUCUUUGGAUUCAUCAUAGUAAAUUAGAAUUUUUAUUCCCCAAGAAUGCAAUUUAUACAAAUUACAAGAAGAAGCAAUUAAAUGUACCUAGAUUCACCGGUUUGGUCCAAAAUAUAACUCAAUCACAAGUGGUUGAACUAUUGGAGAAAGAUGAGGAUAUCUUACUAGAGUAUUAUCUUACCAAAGAUGUUACUGAUUUACACAAAUUAGAAUUGACUCACAUGUUUAAUUUACCUGAUGGAAUAGACACCAAGAUUGGCGAUAUAAUGGGAAUGAAGACACAAGCAGAAAUUUCUCAAGAUAAAGCAUAUCAUCAAUUAACUUCAAAUUUCAAGUUUCAGAUACCUUUUAGACGAUCAUUAUUUAAUUAUGAAAUGAUUGAUCGACCUAGACAUCAUCAUUAG